AUAUCAAAACAAAGUACACGUGCGAUAUGAUCGCGCUGAACAUGCCUCGCCCAUUAGCCGAGCUUAGAAUAGUACACCGGGAAUCAGACUUCAGAUUGGCAUCUUUCUGGUUUUCAACGCUAGUGAUUAUAUUAUGGAUAAGUAUCUGGUCAAGAAGAGUUCUUCAUCAACAGGGUCAAAGGUCACCAAAGUUGAGGGCAAAGGUCAAGGGGAUGGAGAAUCUGAUGAGGUGGAGCAGGCCCAGAUGAGCAAGAGACGAAAAACAGGAUCAUUUAUCUUGAAAGAAGUGAAAGGUGACCUUUUUGGUGCUCCUCAGACAGAGAGUUUGGCCCAUUGUAUUAGUGCAGAUGUGAGGAUGGGCAAGGGUAUAGCAACCAUCUUCAAGAAGAAGUUUGGAGGAGUUCAAGAUCUUCUUGCUCAAGGAGUAAAGCCUGGAGGAGUAGCAGUUCUGCAGAGAGAACAGAGGUUUAUUUAUUACAUGGUGACCAAAGAGAAGUUCUGGCACAAGCCCACUUACAAAUCCCUCCAAGACUCUCUCCAUUCUAUGGCAGAACACUGCAAGAAAAAUGGGAUUAAAGCUCUCUCUAUGCCUCGUAUUGGUUGUGGAUUAGAUGGAUUGAAAUGGGAUGAAGUCAAGAAGCAAAUCUCCAAGACCUUUCAAGAUAUGGACAUCAUGGUAACCAUUUACACACUCUGAUGUCAUGCAGUUCUCUCAGGAUCAUGUGUAGUGAAAGACACAUACAAAGGUUCCAGUAUUAAGAGAGAAAGUAUGCUCUGAUGGAACAUGAUGUCCAUUCAUCUGCUGAUCACUGCUAUGUAAAAGUAAACUCUCCUCAGGGAGUGGAUAGUGUGUAUUAUCUAUGGGCAAGCCUGACUGGAUCAAAUGACUUGAGUGAUCAUGUAUCUGUUGAAUGCAGUUAGUCACUUUAUUCAGGAUCAUGAAAUUACUGACUCAUUCAGGCAGAAAUGGCCAGAGGUUCAUAAACCAAGUUAUUCACCACGGUAUGUGUAGUGAUAAAGAUCCUACCAUAGUAAUUCUCCAGGCAGGAAUUGACUCGUGCGUCACUUUCCGGUGGCUAGUGAUCCUUGAUUAUUUGAACAUGUUUAGAUGUUAUUGAUUCUACAUGGUAAAGAGCUUUUCAAAAAAUGUCAUUGAAAGUAUGGUUCAAAUGUUAGACCAAAUAGCUUGGAGAUGUCAUUACAUAACUGAUCAAAUAAUCAGUUACAUCCUUGAAUGAUUACUGAUAUAAGAAAACAAAGAUUUAAUUUCAUUUAAUUUUAUAAGACAGCAUUUGUUUGAGACUAUCAAAGGGGCAAAGUUACACCAUUUCAAGUUAAGAUUUGAUAUUUGCACAAAAAAUAUGCCAAAGAUUGCACCUUUGGAGUUUUCUGAAAAUUGUACACCUUUAUUUCUGAAUGUGAUUCAGAUCAUUUAAUCAUUAGACUGAAUAACAAUGUAGCCAAAGUGGGCAUUUGACUAGGGACACGUAGCACAAAGCAUAACAAUUAAUCGUAGGCUUGAUUUUCACAAUUAAUUGUGCAUUGUAGUCAAUUUAAGCAAUCAUAGAAAAAUGUUAUACGAUCAUUUCUAAACUUUGUGUUACAGGCCCCAGAUGUUGUUUAGAUAAAAAUUUGAUUGCAGCAAAGAACCAAAAUUGGUUAAGCCAUUAUGGCUUUAGAUGAGCUGGAAAUUAGAAAGUAGGUCCCUGUCUUUCAAUUUCUUAUUUCUUUUGAAUCAUGAUAUAAACUAGAAAGAAAAUUUGAACUUGGAAUCAUACUCAUAAUCAUAUUAUUAAUUUUGAAACUUUCAUAAAUACAGAUCUGUCAGUCUGAUGAAAAUACCUCCCUUUCAAAAUGGUACGCAAUGCAUGAAGCUGGUUAUUUUGCCUGCAUCUUCACUGCCAAAACAAAUUUGAUACAAUUACUUUGAGAACUCGGUUUGCAAACUUAAAGCUUGUUGAUUUAUAUGUGAGCCCUUUCUCCCCUUUCAAGCACCUGACUGAAAUGUUUAUCGUACAGUGUUUGUGGUAUUAAUACCAUCAAUCAAGGAGAGUUCAAGUUCAUUUAGAGUGUGAUUGUACAUAUGCAGAUUGUAUUUUAACAUUCAAUCAAAAGUAGACCUUGUUU